UCCCUCAUUUAUUCCAUACAAAAUCAAAAUCGGUAGUGAAAUAAAAUUUUACCAAAACGAAAGGAAAGUAAAAUACUUCUGAUUAUGUCGAAGCAACAUAUUUCGACCCAUAAGUCUAAUAAAGGCAGCGCACUUUGCGAAAAGCUAAGGCGAAAGCCUAUUAUCCAAAAACCAAAAUUCGUACUACCGAAAAGUUUUGAAAAUCUUAGCCCGAAAGAAAGAGAUCAAGUGUAUUCGGCUCUCGAAUCAGCUGCCAAAUUGGGUGAGUCCAGCAGAAAGAAGCAGCAAAUCGAAAAGGAAACACAGAAGAAACUCCCAAGUAUUGUAAGAAAGGAUUCAAAAUCCGAGAAAGAACCCCAAAAAAGUAUUCAAAAUGUCAGGAAAAAUCACAAACUAAAGCCAUGCCAUGUUAGUUUCGAGCUAGAGGAACCUUCCGAUGGCGAAUCUGAAAAGGAAAUGCUGUCUAGACCAUAUGGAAAUGGGAACUCCGAACUCUUUACCAUAACUAUUGAUAAAAGAUAUCACCGUCGUAUGCGAACUGCCUUAAAGUUGCUUGAUUACGUCGAGGGAAAAGCCAGUGAAAGUGAUAGCGAUUGGUCGAUGGCAGGGGCGGACGCAGGGGGUGUUUGGGGGGUCCGGACCCCCCCAAAAUCGCAGUUUUUCGACCGGACCCCCCAAAAUUUUUUCUGCGUCCGCCCCUGGUCGAUGGGUUCAGUAAAAUCAUCAUCUGCAAAUUUAGUUCGAUCAGGCAAUAGAAAAAAGCGAGGUUCGUCACUUAUAGAUUCUUUUGGAUAUUGCCGGGAUUGUCGAAUGCGAUGCAGAAGUUGUGGAAGACGUGCUUCAGCCAUGGCUUUCUCGAAAAAUAAGAAAUAAGUUAUUUAUAAACUAAUAAAAUGGAAUUAAGCUUAAAGCAAAUCA